AUGGAGAUUCUUCAAGGACGUUUGCUAGCUUUGUUCAUUGUGGCAUUUGCCACUACUACUACAUAUCUAAUUCAAGCUCAAUCUGACCCAAAAGAAUUCAUCAGCUUGGAUUGCGGUUUACACCACGCGGUAUCUCCUUAUACCGAACCAUUAACCGGAUUAACAUACACAUCCGACGCCAACUUCACUCAAGGUGGUCAAAGUGGUCGUGUCCAAAAGGUUUGGGAAGAAGCCUAUAAGCCAUUCACAGUUCUAAGAUAUUUUCCAGACGGAGUACGAAACUGCUACAACCUAAAAGUCACUUUAGGCACUAAAUAUCUUGUCAAGGCUCUCUUCCUCUACGGGAACUACGACGGUCUUAACGAUGGCCCUAAAUUCGAUAUUUAUCUAGGAAAGACUACACCAAUCAUUUCAGCUUUGGAGCUAAGACCUUUGAGAGACGACACUUACAACACUACAAAUGGUUCUUUGAAGCUCUUAAAACGCUACUAUUCUAGCGAUUUUCUCGGUCCCUCAAUACGGUAUCCAUCGGAUGUAUAUGAUCGUGAAUGGAAGCCGAUAAGUCUUUCUUUUGGGUUGAGUUUUGUAAACACAAGUCUCAAUGUAAACUCUUCUACACCUUAUGAGCUACCACAAGAAGUCAUUUCAAAGGCAGUCAUUAACAAAAACGUGACCGAGAAGUUAUCUUUUGACUGGAUUGUGGAUAACCGCGAGGAUCAAGCUCUCAUAUACUUACAUUUCGCUGAGAUUCAAACACUUCGAGACAACGACACAAGAGAAUUCGACGUUGUAUGGAAAGGAAACGACGGAAACAUUACAAUCUCAGCUUAUCGUCCUCCAAAGUUACAACUAGAGACUCUAUACAACACAUCGCCUAUGAAAUGUAGGUUUCUUGCAUGUACAGUGGAGCUGGUUAUGACUCAAAGCUCAACGCUCCCACCAAUGAUCAAUGCUAUGGAAGCUUACAUGAUUGUUGAGUUCCUAGAUGCAGAAACUAAUCAAGAAGAUGCUUCUGCGGUCGAGGAUGUUCGAGAUACUUAUGAAUUGAGUAGAAUCGACUGGCAAGGAGAUCCGUGUGUACCUCGAAUGUUCAAAUGGGAAGGUUUAAAUUGCAGCUACACAAAUGCUACUCUUCCACCAAGAAUCAUUUCCUUAGACUUAUCAUCAAGUGGACUAAAGGGAGUCAUAGCAUCAAGCAUACAAAAUCUAACCCAUUUACAAGAACUGGAUUUGUCAAAUAACAAUUUAAGUGGAGGAGUUCCUGAAUUUCUAGGAAACAUGGAAUCAUUGUUGAUCAUAAACUUAGGAUGGAACAGUUUAACUGGUCCAAUUCCUCAAGCCCUUCGUGAUAGAGAAAAGAAAGGGCUAAAACUGGUUGUUCAUGGAAACCCAAAUCUUUGUCUCUCCGACUCAUGCAACAGCAACAACAAGAAAGUUCUAGUUCCCGUUUUUGCUUCGGUCGCGGGUCUUAUCGCUUUGUUAGUUCUCUUCUUUGUUUUGAGAAAGAAAAAGCCCUUAUCAAAAGCUUCUACACGAGAGUUACCAAGAAAGUCAUCAAUCUUUGCCAAAAAGAAAAAGUUCACUUACUCAGAGGUCGUUGAGCUUACAAAUAACUUCGAAAGAGUUCUUGGAGAAGGAGGUUUUGGAGUUGUCUACCACGGUUCUUUGAGUGAUAAAGAACCAGUAGCUGUUAAAGUUCUCUCUGAGUCAUCAGUUCAAGGCUACAAAGAAUUUAAGGCAGAGGUGGAGCUUCUUCUAAGAGUGCAUCACAUAAACUUGGUAACCCUUGUUGGUUACUGUGACGAAGGAGGCCAUUUAGCACUCAUCUAUGAAUACAUGGCCAAUGGAGACCUUAAACAACAUUUAUCAGGAGAAACCGCCGGAUCUACUUUGAAAUGGGCUAGUAGACUAAAAAUUGCUGUCGAAGCAGCACAAGGGUUAGAGUAUUUGCAUGUUGGAUGCGAGCCACCAAUGGUUCAUAGAGAUGUCAAAAGUACAAACAUACUAUUAGAUAAUCGUUUUGAGGCCAAACUUGCGGACUUUGGACUUUCAAGAUCAUUUUCUGUUGGAGCCGAAACUCAAGUGGAAACAGUCGUAGCAGGCACACCUGGAUAUCUUGAUCCCGAAUAUUACCUAACGAAUUGGUUAAACGAGAAGAGUGACGUGUACAGUUUCGGUGUUGUACUAAUAGAGAUCAUCACGAACCGAGCAGUGAUUGAGCUAACACGAGAGAAAGCUCACAUAGCGGAAUGGGUAAAAGUUCUUAUAAGCAGAGGAGAUAUUGAGAAGAUCGUUGACCCAAAUCUUGGUGGAGAUUAUGAUUCUAACACAGUCUGGAGGAUUCUUGAACUAGCGAUGUCUAGCGUGAGUCACUCUUCGUCUGAUAGACCAAGCAUGUCGAAAGUUGUUAACGUCCUUAAAGAGUGUUUGAUCUCUGAGAAUUUGAGAACAGGAGGAGGACAGAUUCAAGAUGAUGAGUCAAUGAACUCAGAGUUGACUGUAAAUUUUGGAACUGAAGUAACCCCUUUUGCACGGUAG